GCCGGGUAGUGUGGAAUAGGCCGGGAGAUUGCGUUCCAGUGCACGUGUAGUAGAAAUGAGUAAGGGAAGUCCGUGGGGCAGCCCGGUCACGGCACCGGCAUGCAUGGAGGUUCAGAUCGGAGCGGUGAGGUACCGGAGAGAUGGAGCUCUGCUUCUGGCAGCCUCUAGCCUCAGUAGCCGCACAUGGGGUGGUUCCAUAUGGGUAUUUAAAGACCCCGACUCGGCUCCUAAUGAGAGUCUGUGCACAGCUGGAGUCCAGACUGAAGCUGGUGUGACAGAUGUUGCUUGGGUGUCAGAAAAAGGAAUCCUUGUGGCAUCAGAUUCAGGUGCUGUGGAACUAUGGGAAAUUUUGGAGAAAGAGUCCUUGCUGGUCAAUAAAUUCACUAAAUAUGAGCAUGAUGACAUUGUAAAAAGCUUGAGUGUUUUUUCUGAUGGGACACAGGCUGUAAGUGGAGGCAAAGACUUCAGUGUUAAAGUCUGGGACCUUACCCAAAAAACUCUUCUGAAUUCAUACAUUGCACAUUCCAGUGAAGUAAACUGUGUAGCAGCUUGUCCUGGAAAAGAAGCAAUAUUUUUAUCUUGUGGAGAGGAUGGAAAGAUUUUACUAUGGGAUACCAGAAAGCCUAAGCCUGCUACUCGAAUUGACUUUUGUACCCCAGACACCAUACCUACCUCUGUUACGUGGCAUCCGGAAAAGGACGAUACUUUUGCUUGCGGUGAUGAAAUUGGGAAUGUAUACUUGGUAAAUCUGAAAAAUUUAGACUCUGUUCAAAAAUCAUCUGUGCACUCCCAGAGCAUCACAGGGCUGGCAUACUCAUAUCACAGUUCACCCUACUUGGCAUCCAUAAGUGAAGAUUGUACUGUGGCAGUCUAUGACUCCGACUUUUCAGAAGCAUUUCGUGACCUUUCUCAUCGAGAUUUUGUUACUGGUGUGGCCUGGUCACCCCUUGAUCAUUCCAAAUUCACGACAGUUGGUUGGGACCAUAAAGUUCUUCAUCAUCAUCUGCCUGCAGAGGGAAGGCCAGAGAAGCCUCUUGUGACAAAAGCUGAGGAUUAAUAUCUACAAAUCAUAAUGUACAGCAAAUGAUGACUGUCAGCUAAUGCUGUGCAUUAGUUGGAGGCGAUAAAGAUAACAGUGUAAAGUGUGCAGUCCAAGUAGUUGUAGCGGCGAUACCCUAAAGUCUUGAAAGGUCAUAGGGAGUUUUGUUUUCUGUUCCGCAAUUAUUCUGAAAUUGUGUUUCCAAUAUGCACUUAUCAGAACUUAGAAAGCUAAGGCUCUGACUUUACUAUGGUUACUUUUGUAAUGUGACUUAAAGAUUUAAUUUAACUUUUUAA